AUGAGUUCCAAUGGAUUCAAGCCUUCCUCAAGGAUGCUGAUGCUACUAUCCAAGGAGGCAACAAGAGCGAAGACUUGGGUGGACCAGGUGCGCGACAUUGCUUAUGACGUCGAGGACAUCAUCAACACAUACAUCUUCAAGAUUCAUCAACACCACCGAGGAUCUCAUGGAUGCUUCUCUUCGUUAAUGACAACAUAUGCUUGUCAUCCUUCCAGACUAACAAUCCUCCAUAACCUUGGCAAUGAGAUUGCCAAAGUCAAGAGGAGAACUGAGGAGAUCUUUGCUAACCGAUCCAAAUAUCAACAGCUUGUGGAGUCCAUGUCUAAGCAAUUCACAGUCGUUAACGAAGGGAGGAUGAAUAAGUUAAAAAAUGAGGAGCUGAAGAAGAUGGUUUAUGAGCAUUUGAAAGACAGAAAAUACUUGGUGGAGACUGAUGAUGUAUGGACCCGAAGAGAUUGGGAUAACAUAAAAGAAGUGCUGCCAGAAAUGACGAAUGGAAGUAAAGUGUUGCUAACUACUCGUAACAGAGAAGUUGCAUUGCAUGCAGAUAGACAGAUCCCUCUUUUUGAUCUCAAGCUCUUAGGAGAAGAAGACAGUUGGGAGUUGUUCUGCAAGAAGGUCGCUCCUCAUAUGUCAUAUCACUGUUAA